UUGCGUUUCAUUCACGACCACCUGCUCGAUCUGGAAACAUCAGCUGAUAGGACCGUCUCAUUUAAAUCUUACGUGAAAGUAAACUUUCAAAAAAAUUUACUAAAAAAUAUUUUUCAAUUUAACAAAAAAAAAUAGUAUAUUACUUUGUUUAAAAAAUCUAAUAGAAAACAGUAGAAACAAAAAUUUAUCUCGAGAAUGAAACUUUUUUUGACACAAACCUCCGAUUGCUUCGCGGUGAUUUCGAUUACCGCGUUUCUCAUCAUUUCAUUCAGUUCGGAGACUUCGGCGAAGCGUGGUUGCGGUGCUUUCGGACACUCUUGUUAUGGAGGUCACGGGAAGAGAUCUGAUUUAAAUCAGCAUGGCGCUUUGUCAAACGAGAGAAAUAUUAUUAAUCGAGAAAUACCGGAAUACGUUCACACAAAUGAGGGGACUUUUGGAAUUGAAGCAUUGCAAAAAAAUCAGGAGCGAGCUGAAAGACGUAUUUCGGAAAUUGAUAAAAAUCAAUUGGGUGACGAUCCUCUAUCCAUCCUCAUACGACAAUGGAUGAUAGAACGCCAUCGUCCAAUUUCUGCUACUGGUUCAGCAUACAAAUGAAUUUAAUUUUUUAAUUGUCUCGUCGAAAGCACAACGUGACGGACAUCAUAAAAUUUUUUUAAAAAUAAAAUGUUCACGUUUCUACUGUUCUUUGUCCCAAAAACUAAUUUUUCAAUUCUAAAUUAUUAUUUUAUUAUAUAGUAUUUUCUUUAUUAAUCGAAUUAAUUUUGACAUUAAUAUGAAAAUGGUUUUUUUCUAAUUGAUAGGUAUUAAAAAUUUAC